UCAAAUCUGACCGGGUGGCCCAAAAACGUCACUGAAUCGGUCGGGCUUUUCCUUUCUUUGUGUUCUUUAUAAACGACAACCUUCGUAUCCCCGACAGAGCAGCAUCGAUUCAGAGUUCAGAAAUUCAGCUAGAACCAGAGGAACACAGGCGCUCCCGAAUCCGAAAGGGCUAAGCGCUCCGUAAGGAGGAAGAACCCUGCAGAGGAGAUGGCCGGCGAGAUGAGCUGGGUUGGCAAGAAGAUCCACCUCUACAACGUCACCAUGGGCCUAUACAUGCUCGAUUGGUGGGAGCGCUGCCUAUUCAACAUAUUGGUGCUGAUCCUGCUCUGGUUCAUCUGCUUCAACGGAUCCCGCUUCGCCACUGACGUCUUCGAAAGCCACCUGAAGGCACGGAUUUUCCAAUGCGCAGAUUACGGCAUGGGAAUUGGCAUGCCCUCCUCAUGAGCCUUCAGUGCAGAACACAGAAGCAGUGAAAUCUGCUGGUUCUGGAAUCUGAAUAAGGUUCUCACAAACUUAGUGCUGUAAUGAUGUGUAUGAUGUAGUCCAAUAUGUAAGAGUCUUGCUGUUAUUCUUUAUUUUCAGUACUAUGUGUAACAAAGGUUUGAGUGCACGAUAUCGCAUCCUGAGCUCUACUGUAAUUAAUUCAUUUUCUUGGUAUUAUGUUUUGUUACUCAUGUUUAUGAUCAUGGAGUCACAUGAAUUGUCUGCCUUCUCAUCA